AUGUCGAAGAAAGUUCCAGACGUAACCCCGUUGAUGUUCGAUAGCACUUCGUUAAUUUCGGACAUGAAUAUGAAUGUUCGAAGACCGGCCUCUGUUUGUUCCGGAGUGCAUAAAUCAUUGGUACAAAGUGUGUUGAGCAAAAUGGCCACUUUUGCGCCAGAAUGGGUCCACGACGCCGAUUCUGUUGAGUACGACACAAGCAAGUCUGGAUACCCAUCGCAAUCAAAAUCUCCUAAAACAAAGUCAAAAGCAGAGCCAGUACCAAAUUUAAAGGGAAUUGGCUGGUCGAAGGAAUCUCUAACAAGAAAUUUGAAACUCGAGCUCUCGAUCAGAGAUGAGCCCUUAAUAACAACCGAAUGCUAA